AUGGGACAGGAACAGUUCCCAGGCAUCUGUCAAAGGCAUGGCAUUGAGGCCAGAUCAAAGACGAUACUGUACUUCGUCUAUGUGAGCCCAGACAGCUCGACCGCACACAGGGCCUCCCUCGUGGAGUUUCCUUUUCAGUCUACUCUAGUAUGUCUCAAUGGUAUUGGUGUGCCGUCCGGUGGUAGGCUCCUUGAAGUUCUUUGAGUGGUUAGCAGAGGAAUGUAGACAACAUUCUGAGGGAAGACAAUUAUACGCCUUUAACUCGUCCGUUACCAGUAUACUGCCUUUGGCGACUCAUUUUGUAAUAACGGAACGGAGAACGGGUCAAAUUCGAUCAUUCACCUGUUCAAAUAAGGCUUUCCGUCGGCUAUUAUUGUACAUCCCGACCAGCCACCACCCAUAAAACCCCUAUUACCACCUGUCCCAUAAGACAGGCUGCUUUGAUUAGGCAGAUUUUUUGGGCGCCAUCUCCCGAUUGUUACCGUCAUUUUUACCCUCUACUCACUCUUCCAUGAACCAUUUAUCUUCCAAAUCCUGUCAACUAAUGGGUUCUGGAAUUAGGCGCAGCUGGAGACGCGACCUGAAAUUUCGACCGUCAUUGCCGAGACUUUCCACCGCGUGCUCCGCAACAAGGUAGGGGUGUCCAGUUGUGGGUCCACGUGACGGUCGUAGUAGGUCGCCCACGUGCUUGCAGGUGUGGACUGCGCCUUGCGUCCAUUAAAUAAAACCUAACUCACAUGUGGAUACCCGAAGCUAGGCUCUGCCCAGCGGUCACACCCCUGUAACCGUCUCGACCGGCGAGCUAAACCAGGUGAGGAUAUUAGUGUGUGCAUCUCCGCACACGAUAACUCGGCUCCGCUGGCCAGAUCGAUCAUCGCCUCGGUAUCUCCUAAACGAGGCUCCGUCUGUAACACCGCAUGAGGACGCAAGGUAAGUGAGCCCCAAAGUAAGCGAAAAUUUUUCUGUCGUCUGUGCUUUGCUUGCUUUCUGUUUGCUAUUUUGUGUUUGUCCUUGUUGUAAGGUAAAUGCCGUUCCGUUGGAUUUCCUCUGUGUGCCUUUCCUUUUACUUGUUCUCGCUUGCUUGCCCUUCAUCUGCUUGUUUUUGCUGUACGCCAACUGCCGCUGUUUUGAAUUUGUCUGCACACCGCUUAUAUAUUUCAGCAACCAGUUCGACUCGAGAAAGACGGAAAAGCUCUGCUUCCCCUCUCUUUACCCUUCCUCAUCCCUCUCCACCCUUCAAGUCCUACGGCGAUGCCGUAGGCAGGCCCAGGCUAACUCAGGUCGUUCUCCCACUAAGCAAAAGUCAUGUCCCAUAGUGGAGUUCGGCAGCAGCCGGACACAACUGAACAGCCUUAUUUAGGGAGGGGCUAGAAAAGGUGUCCUAAACAAGUGUUGGGGACACACUCCGUCAGCAGGCUGACGGUGGCCUCAGACGCGAAACUCACGGUCGAAAGAACUAAAUCAGAAACAACACACACACACACACUCUCUCUUCUCCUUCCUGCCCGCCGCCCCACUCGCCAGACUGGUAGGAUGAGUCCGCUCACUCUGGCAGCUUUGAAUGUUCUUUCCAUUUUAGACAAUCCGAGGAGCAACCGACCGGAACGGAGGACAGCGCUAGUGGCUCAGGAAUUGGCACGCUACAAGGUGGACAUCGCCGCAUUCAGCGAGACCCGGUUCUGUGAACAAGACCAAUUGGAGGAGGUGGGUGCCGGCUACACCUUCUUCGGUAGCGGUCGCCACAGAACAGAGCGAUGA